AUGGCCGUAGACGAGGAGACCUGCGCCGAGGCCCGCUCCGUCGGAGGGAGCAUCGAACUGGACCUUGAGGAUCGCCUGUACCUUGAGGCUCACAACGACCCCGAACGCAUUGCAAACAAGUUUUCCAAAGGCCCCCAGCGCCUGGGCUUCUGGUCGAUAGUAUGCAUCAUAAUCAACAGGAUGAUGGGGAGCGGUAUCUUCAAGACGCCAACGACUUUACUGAAGGGCACACAAAGCGUCGGAGUGUCUCUCAUGUUCUGGUUCUGCGGUGCUCUUGCAACCAUUGCCGGCGCCAUGGUGUUCAUUGAGUUCGGCCUGACCACACCGCGAUACCUUAUCGAUGGCCGCAAGGAGGCUGUGCCACGGAAUGGAGGCGAGCUUGUAUACCUCCAAUAUCUUUUUAAGAAGCCUAGAUAUCUCGUUACCUGCGUCUAUGGACUCCUCUUUAUCGUCGUCGGCAACAUGGCUGGUAACUCUAUAGCCUUUGGAGACUACAUACUGAGAGCAGCUGGCCAUGAGAACCCAAGUAGGGCUGCAGUACGCGGCAUCGCCCUUGGCGUUAUCACCUUCACAUGCAUCUUCCACGGGACAUGGAGAAAAGGCGGCAUCUGGCUGAACAACUUCUUUGCUGUGCUUAAAGUGGCCACUCUUUGCUUCAUUGUUGUCGUUGGUUUCUGCGCUCUUGGAGGAGUCUUCGGCGACAAAGCGAACAAGGCAGCCACAAACUACGCCACCGACAAAUCGUUUAGCAACACAUCCGACUCAUCAUAUGGCUAUGCGGAGGGAUUUCUUUCUGUAAUCUUUGCCUAUACUGGAUUCACGCAGUCAAAUUAUGUCCUUAGCGAAGUCGAUCAGCCGCGCAAAAAGUUUCGCAAAGGCGUUCUAUCCGCAGUGAGUCUAAUGUGUGUACUAUACAUGCUAGUCAAUGUCGCCUAUUUCAUUGUUGUUGAUAAGGACGAUCCAAGGCUUGGUGCAUCAGAUGUGUCUACGCUAUUUUUCAAGAACACGUUUGGUGGUGGAGCAGCCCCAAGAGUUCUCAACGCGUUCAUGGCCAUCUCUGGUCUCGGUAACAUCAUCGUUAUGACAUUCACCGCAGCCCGCGUUAAACAGGAGAUUGCCAAGGAAGGUAUUCUGCCUUGGCCCAAGUUCUUCGGCCAGAGUAGUAAUGUUUUUGGCCGCACUUCGAACCGCCUGCUCGGCCGGCCAGUCAAAGACGCGGCAUCCAUUGAAGCAACACCGGUCGGCGCGUUGGCUUUACACUGGGCCUUCUCCGUCCUCCUCAUCCUCGCCACUUGGGGCCAAUCCACCGAAAACGCAUACAGCGUCCUCACGCUUCUCUACUCGUACUGCAUCGGCUCAUUGCUCAGCACAGUGCUUGGCCUGGGCAUGUUGUAUCUCCGACUAUUCACUCCACGCCGCCGCCGCAGCAGCAGCAGCCCCGAAGACGACAAGGACCAGUUUUCGAUGCACAGCCACAGCAGCCGACGUCGAGGUGGCUGGCGGGCGAAAUCGCCUUUCAACCACUACGUUUCGACAGCGUGUGCCUUCGUCUUCUUCAUCGCGAACCUCUACCCGCUCAUCGGCAACUGGAUUCCGCCGUCGACUAUCUCCGAGAACCCCCCGCGCUCGUCAUUGCACGACCUCGUUCCCGAUUACCCUUGGUAUCUCGUUCCCGCCGUCGGCUGGGCACUCGUCGGCUGCGGCGUGCUAUACUGGGGCGCCUUCGCGUUCCUCGUCCCGCAGAUUGGGUACCGCAAGGGCAAGGAAUUCGUCGUCGAAAGGGAGCCGAUUUUCCACAUCGAGCAUGGGUAUCACGUGCAAUUGCAUGAGAUUGUGAGCUUCCACUGGGUGGUGAAGGGCGUGACGGGCGGGAGCGAGAGCGGGAGCGAGGAGGCAUAUGAUUCCGAUGGACGGUGA